AUGAUAUGGAUGAAUUUAUUAAAGUUUUUCGUGGCGACAUUUUUUAUGCUCGAAAAAACAAAAAAUAUGUUUUGCUUGAUAUGUAAUAACAAUAAAGCUAUAAAAUAUGUAUUAAAUAUAAAACUAAAUAAUAUACAAGAAAAAGCGAAACAUUUUUAUAUAAACAAUUAUAAUAUAGUUUUUAAUACGAAUAAAAAAAACGUCAAAAAAAAAAAAAAAAAACUCCUGUUUUUAUUGUCAAAAAAUUUUGGUCACUUUGUCAAUAGACAACAAGAAAUCCCUUUUCAUAUUUUAAAAUUAAAUAACAAUAAUACUAACAUCAAAAGAAAUAGAUUGUUUCUUUUUGAUCAUAAUUUUAGUAAACUUAAAUUGUGUUCCCAAAAUUAUCCGGGUGCCACUAGAUCAUUUAAUUCGAUUUUUUUGAAUAAAAUGGACAAUUAUGAAGAUAAACAUAGAUCUAACCGAAAUAAUGAAAUGUCAAAUGAAGAAACAAACGAUACAAACGAAAACAACGAUAAAAUACAAAGUUGUAUUCUAAAAAAGAAAGCAAAUUUUAUCGCAGAUUUUAACGACGAAAAGGAAAAUAAAAUUCAAAGAACUCAUACAAAUUGUGAUGGAAGUGAAAUAAAACAAAACAUAUCUGGAAAUGGUUGUAAUAAUGAUCUUAAAAAAAAUAACAUUUUCACCUUAAAAGAAUUAGAAGAAAUGCGAAAAAAUAGCAAUUACGUAAAAAUAGAUGAUAGAGAAAAUAACGAAUUUAGCAUAGAACUAUAUUUUGACUAUAAAGAGUUAAAGCUUUUGAGAAAAAAAGAUGAGCCAUUAAGUUCGUUAAAAAAUAGAUUAAUAUUAAAUUUGAACAAAUUAUACCAAAAACAAAAUAAGCAAUUAAAUUCUAUACAAAAUAAAAAUGCCAAUAAAAUAAUUGACGACAAUGUAAAAUCAGGAAAAGAGAAGGGAAACGCAACUACAGUUAAAUUUUAUGAUAAGGAAAAUAAUAUAAUUGAUGAAAACGGUAUUUUGAAGGAUAUUAUUGAUAAAUUAAAUUAUUUAGUUAUAGAUGAAUAUAAAAUAUCUAUAUAUAAAAAUUUAUAUGAUUUAAAAAAAAUAUAUGUAUCUAUGGAUGUGUAUGCCAAUCAUCAAAUUAUACCAGUCCAUUUACCAUUGGGGAAAAUGGAAGAUUAUACUUAUUAUUGGGUUGAUACCAAUGAUGAAACUAUUUUAAACUCUUGUGAUAUUUUUUACAAACCAACUAACGAAGAUAUAUCAAAAAGAAUCCAACUUGUUAUAUAUGACAAAAACACACCAAUUUUUUUUCAUGUCACUGAAGAAAUCGAAGUAAAGUACCACCCAUUUGAAGAGCAGCUUAAAAUUAAAGAACAAAGAUAUUCUGAUUUUCUUGUUCAAUCCAAUCAAUAUGAUAAUAAUAAUAAUAAUGCUAAAAACACAAUCCGUAUAUUAUCAUACAACAUACUUGCGCCUAUAUAUACAAAUACAAAAUAUGCAACAGAAUAUAUGUUCAGAAAUAUAAAUCCUUGUUAUUUAAAAACGAAUUAUCGAUCACAUUUACUGAUUAGCGAGAUAAAUCAUGACUUUGAUAUAAUAAGUUUGCAAGAAGUUAGCGAAUAUUUACAUACAAAUUUAUUUUGUGUAUACUUAUAUGAAAAUUAUUAUUCUUCAUAUAAACCAAAAAGCCCACAUGGAAAUGAUGGGUGCUCCUUAUUUGUUAAUAAAAAAAAAUUUAGUCUUAUAGAAUAUGAAAAUUGCGAAUUUAAUACAGUCAUAAGAAAUCCCGAAUUAAAAAAUAUAUAUGAUACAUUUAUAAAAAUAUCAGAUGAUCUUGAUGAAAUUAUAAAUGAAAUAAAAACAGUAUAUCAGAUAGGUAUAUUUAUGCAUAAUAAUAGUCAAAAUAUAUUUAUUAUUGCAAAUACCCAUUUAUAUUUUCAUAGCCUAGCUCAGCAUAUUAGAGUAAUACAAGUUUAUUGUAUGUUACAUAUUUUAGAAAAAAUAAAAAACAAGUAUAAAGACAAAUACAAAAACAAAGAAAUAUAUGUUAUAUUAAAUGGCGAUUUUAAUACAAAUUUCGAAUCAGAAGUCUUCUCAUUCUUGCAAGGUAAUGAUGUUAUGGAAAAUUCAAAAUUAUGGGAAAAUGGUAAAUUAUUUAAAAAGGAAUAUGAUGAUUUAAAUAAAUAUCCUACUCUAUUUAAUAUUGACAAUAAUUCAAAUGACCAAAAAAUUAACGGACCAUAUUUAAACAGAAAAAAAUUUUUACCUUUAUAUUCCGCUUAUAAAAAAGUAGAUAUUCCAUAUACAAAUUGGAAUAAUAAUUUUAUUGAUGUUUUAGAUUAUAUUUUUUUGUCACCUGAACUUAAAGUAAAAAGAGUAUUAAAGGGGGUGGAUAAGGAUAUUUUUGAUCAAUAUAAAGGAAUAGUAUCUCCUUUCAACCCGAGCGACCAUUUAUCAAUAGCUGCAGAGAUAGAGCUAUAA